ACCGAUAUCAUAGCUCUCUGCGCUGAUCCACAGGAAGCCGCAAAAAGCACACAACCCACAUCGCAUAUUAAUUUCCGUAUUAUACACGAAAUUGUCUUUCACAACAACGCGUAAUACCACAUAAAAUAAACGUCCCUGGACGCUGUUUUCAAAAUGGUACUAAGAAAUUCCGGGAUUGGCGCGGUGUUGGUUUUCGUCGCGGUAAUAUGUUGGACGAGCGUUGAGGCAAUCUCGUAUCACAAUUAUAAAGUAUUCCACGUUAUCCCGGAUUCGGAGCAAGAAAUUACCGCGUUACAACGGCUGCUGCAUCACCUCCAGCAUACAAACCAGGCUGGUGCGGAAUCCGCCAUACAGUUCUGGGAUGAUGAGUUCUUCACCGGGAAGAAACACAAGGUUACCGUCGCACCGGACCACGUCUCCGGUUUUACGUCCUUCUGCCAGCUGAACGGUCUGCGUAACGAGCUGGUCUGGGACGAUUUCUCCAGCGUUCUGAGACAACAUGAGCCGGAAACACCGGCCAAUCGGUUAGGAAUGGACAAGGCCCUCUUGAUGAACUGGGAGACGUACCAUCGCUAUACCACGAUUACGAGCUUCUAUUUGUACCUGGAAACGGAGCAUCCCGACAUCGUGCGCCGCGUGCUCCUCGGGCGGACGUACGAAGGACGCAAUAUGUGGCUGCUGAAGAUCGGUCGUCUGAACGCCAACGGGACCUUCGCCGAUCCGACGAAACCGGCCAUUUGGGUGGAUUCCGGCAUUCAUGCGCGGGAAUGGAUCUCCAGUGCCACGGUGACCUUUAUGAUUAACCAGAUGGUGACGAACAGCAGCAACAGUUGGAUGUACGAGCAGCUGAACUGGUACAUUCUGCCCAUGAUCAAUCCCGACGGCUUCGACUACACACAUACCAACGAGCGUUUAUGGCGGAAAACCCGACGCAUCGACCCUUUCAGCGAGUGUAUCGGGGUGGACGCCAACCGCAACUACGAUUUCCAGUGGCAAAAAGUCAAACCGGCCAUAGAUCCCUGCACCAACACGUACGGCGGUCCGGCGCCGUAUUCUGAGCCGGAGAAUCUGCUCAUCUUCGAGCAGAUCAUGGAUCUCAAACGGGAGCUGCGGGCCUUCUUGACCUUUCACUCCCACGGGCAGUUGUGGAUGCCGCCGUAUGGAUACACGUACGACCACACCCCGGACUAUCCCGACUUGUACGCACUGAGCAUCAACGCCACGGCAGCACUGCGCGCCGUCUAUGGAACGGUGUACCGCGUGGGCACAUCCGCCGAGAUUCUCUAUACGUCAUCGGGAACAUCGCGGGAUUUCGCCAAAGGUCGCACGCCCACCAAAUACGUCUUCACCAUCGAACUGCGUGAUACCGGGGAAUUUGAAUUCCUCCUGCCGGCCGACCAGAUCAUCCCCAGCGGACGGGAAACCAUGGAGGCGCUGAAAGUGGUGGCGCGCCGACUCAUCGACGAGUUCAGUCGUUAGGCGUUAAUUGUCCUUUGUAAUCACUGUAAUGUGUAAUUUAUUUUCGGCGCAUCAAGUAGGAUAUUGCUGUACCUGCAUACUGCUAAAGAUGACUGCGUAAUUACGCUGUUUAAAAGCACGACGCUGAUUCCUACUCUUGCACUCGAAAGUGAUUUUAAAGCGGAACGCCCAGUUUUCCAAACUGGAACAAAUUUUUGACGAGGAAAU